AUGAGCAUCAAAGUGUUGUCAACUGCAGUUGUUGGAGCGGUAGAAGAAUCCAAAGUAUUUAUCACAUUCUCCUUAACUAGCGGACUUAAAUAUCAUGUCUCUCAGCACUCUGCCACAGCUCCAGUUGUGCAAAUGUUCCUUCCUGUUGAUGCUCAUUUAAUAGAGGACAUAUGUCAAAUAAUAAUGAUCGUGGGUUUGACUGGUACGCUUACCGGAGACAUAGGCCAGUUUUCUGAAUUGCAGAUUCUACCUUCAGGACUACUGAGCACCACCUUUGGACCGGUCGUUGCAACCAUCAGACCACCUAACAUAUUCAUGGUAUAUAUUCAUACUGUUUGA